CUGCCGGCCCCGCACUGCUGAGGAGCGAAGCCUUGCUCUGGGGACCUCCUCAUCCCCGCCUGUCCCCCAACUGCGCGUCCCCGCCUCACCCCCGCGUCCAAACUACCGCUGGUGUGGCGGUCUCCGCUCGGCGGAAGAGCCUUGAGCGGUCACCCAACCCCUCUCCACAGCCUCUUUGCAUCUCGGAUUUCGGGGCGGCCCCUUCCCCCACUUCUCCCUGCCUCACUGCACCCCAAUUUUUUCUGCGCUUCGCCCGGGUUUUGCAGCCGUCUAUUUUUGCAUCCCUUUUCGUUUUACUUCUGGGAGGCUUGGGGGUGAAGCUGCGAUCGCACCCUUUUCCCUUUUUAUCUUCCCCUGCUCCGACAACCUCCCUUUUCAUCGCAGUCGGGGGGCCUAGAAUCUGUGCAUCCUACGCUGUAACGCCAGCACCCCGUGGCGCGUGGUCCUGCACCCCGGAAUUUGCAGCAGCUGCAUAUCUGAGGGGGGUCUCCCUCGCCCCCCUUGCCUUUGAUCCCCGCGCGUUAGAGUACGUGGGGAGGCUUCAUCGCGCAGCACCCCGGCUUCUCCGCAGCCCCCCGCCCCGCGCGGGACUCGCCCCCUGCCGUCAAGAUGGUCAUCCAGAAAGAGAAGAAGAGCUGCGGGCAGGUGGUUGAGGAGUGGAAGGAGUUCGUGUGGAACCCGAGGACGCAUCAGUUCAUGGGCCGCACCGGGACCAGCUGGGCCUUUAUCCUCCUCUUUUACCUCGUCUUCUAUGGCUUCCUCACCGCCAUGUUCACCCUCACCAUGUGGGUGAUGCUGCAGACUGUCUCUGACCAUACCCCCAAGUACCAGGACCGACUGGCCACGCCGGGCCUGAUGAUUCGCCCUAAGACUGAGAACCUUGAUGUCAUUGUCAACGUGAGUGAUACUGAAAGCUGGGACCAGCAUGUUCAGAAGCUCAACAAGUUCUUGGAGCCUUACAACGACUCCAUCCAAGCCCAAAAGAAUGACGUCUGCCGCCCUGGGCGCUAUUAUGAACAGCCAGAUAACGGAGUCCUCAACUACCCAAAACGUGCCUGCCAGUUCAACCGGACCCAGCUGGGCGACUGCUCGGGCAUUGGGGACCCCACCCACUAUGGUUAUAGCACUGGACAGCCCUGUGUCUUCAUCAAGAUGAACCGGGUCAUCAACUUCUAUGCAGGAGCGAACCAGAGCAUGAAUGUUACCUGCGUGGGGAAGCGAGAUGAAGAUGCCGAGAAUCUCGGCAGCUUCGUCAUGUUCCCGGCGAACGGCAACAUCGACCUCAUGUACUUCCCCUACUACGGCAAAAAGUUCCACGUGAACUACACGCAGCCCCUCGUGGCCGUGAAGUUCCUGAAUGUGACCCCUAACGUGGAGGUGAACGUGGAAUGCCGCAUCAAUGCCGCCAACAUCGCCACUGACGACGAGCGCGACAAGUUCGCAGGGCGCGUGGCCUUCAAACUCCGCAUCAACAAAACCUGAGACCCCUUCCUCCCGCCCCCACCUCUUUUCCUAUGGAUGCUUCUGGAAUGUCCACUACCUUGCCUGAGCCCUCCCUCACCCACCCCAAAGGUAUUUUUUAUAACAGAGCUAUGGCUUGUCUGAGCCUCGUGCCCCUUUCCUUUACUUCUGAGUGCAUUGUGAUUCCCUGGCUACACACAUUCUCCACCACCUUCUUCCCAUCCUAGCUCAGUCAGAGACAGGGAGACAAGACCCCAAGAUGGUCACAGAGGAGGUAGGAGCCUUUCUAGUUCUGGCAUAGCAGUGAGUGGGGCAUCCUCUUAGCUACCCACCUUCCUGCCCUCUUGUCCUGAGAGAAGGUGCCCACUCUCCCAUCCACCCACCUUCUCACUCACACACACACACACACACACACACACACGUCUCAUUUCACCCCUUAGCUUCCAGACAUGUAUGUGGCAUCCUUCUUUCUUUUUUAACUGAAGUAUGGUUGACCUAUAACACUACCUUAGUUCCAGGUGCACAGCAUAGUGAUUUAAUAUUUCUGUACAUUACAAACUGGUCACCACUGUGGCCCUCCAUCCUUCCAUUCAAGCUCUGCCACUGUCACCUUCCUCUGUCUCCCAUGCCUUCUGCCUUGUCUACGACAGUCACUGUCUCGGUGGCUUUUGUCUUGUCUGGCUCCUCUGGCUGCUCUUCCCCUACUUCUCCAUUCCUGUUCCCUCCACUGAAAGGGGACCGCUUGUGACUGAGGACAAGGUGGCUCAGUGGCCUUUUCUCUUUCCUGGCACAUCCAGCUUCUGACUGCAUGUUGACUGCAUGAGCUGGGAAUGAAAGUCUGGAAGAGAAGUCCGUGUUAGUUCUUGAAAGUUCUCUUCCUGGUCCUUCUUGUCACCCAACUAGGCACUCCUCAGAGGGGCGGGGUUGACCUAGGCUGAAUAUCCACUUUGUUUUUUCCGACGGCUCCCUUCCCCCUGUUCCCUUUCCCAGAAUAUCCUUCAAGUUCUACUUCCCAGGCGCCCUGGGGGAGGGGCAGCCAUUUUGGCUGGGUCCCCAGUGGCCACCUUGGAAACGUCAGCUGGCGACGGGAGGACUCUUCCACCUUCUUCCCCUGCGCCCAGAUCUGCCCCCACCAUCCUCCCUCUGGCUUCUCUUAGCAAGUUAUCAACUAAUCACUAACUCCUUCCCUUUCCUCCGCAUGCCAGCCUGAAAACUGCAAACACCUCCUCAAUCUGAGGCUCUGAGUUUCUUGGCCCCAUCUCCCUCAGACCCCUUUGCCUUUUUAAACAACCCCCUAGUGCCCACAGAAUGUUAAAUGAGGGACCGCCUGUGUUCUUGAAUUAGAGAGGGAUUUUAACUCUUUCUUCCCCCACACCCUUCACUUCGUCACCUCCCACUCCCCCUCCUUUUUUUUUUGAUACUGCAGCUUCCACACCCCACCUACAGAUAGACCCUUCCUGUUUUUACUCUUGCUGGAUCUGAGUCUCUUCCCUUUGGGUCCCCAUGUUUCCCUGCUCUCCCCUCUCCCCAGUGGUCUCUCUCUGCAGUUAUUUAAUGCCUGUGUCAUAUCUACUGUAAAAAGAGGAUAAAGUACAAUAAAAUGAGAGCAAUUAUAUAUAUAUAAAUAUA